AUGAAAUUUAAUGAAAUUGUGAAAGCUGGAAAAAAUAUAUCCUCUAUUUUACAAAAAGGUUUACCUCCAAAGUACAAGGAUCCGGGGAUUUUUUCAGUUCCUUGUAAAUUGGGGAGCCUUGAUUUUCCAAAAGCCAUGCUUGAUUUAGGAGCUUCAGUUAAUGUCAUUCCCUAUUCUAUUUUUGAAAAAUUAAAAAUGGGAACCUUACAAAAGAUCGGGACAAUUAUACAGUUGGCUGACCACUCAACAGUACACCCAAAAGGUGUGCUGGAGGAUGUUCUUGUCCAAGUGGAUAAUCUGAUUUUUCCCAUUGAUUUUUACAAUUUGGACAUGGGAAACUUGGACACUUCAGAUACAAACUCUAUUAUUUUGGGAAGGCCUUUUAUGAAAACUGCAAAAACAAAAAUUGAUGUUUUUAAUGGCGUGAUUUCAAUGGAGUUUGAUCAGGAAGUGGUUAAAUUUCAAAUUAAUAAUGAUGAUUUUCCUUCCGAAAAUGUUUUUGUCAAUUAUAUGGUUACCAGCAGUCCUUUGUCUGAGGGUUGUAGUGAGUUUUCUAAUGUCUCUGUGCAAGAAAAAUUUUUAGACAGUAAUUCAUCUGAUAAUAUAUCCAAGGAGCUGGCAGAAGAUAAGCUUGGGGAGGUGGAAGAGAUUGAGAUGAAAUCUGCUACGGAAGAAGAAUCAAAUAAAAAUAUGAAAAGAAAAAAACUUUUGGAAACAGAAAAGGUAGAAGUGGUGAUUUCAGAUACGAAUCUGAAACGAAAAGAAUCUGAAGAGAAGAUUUCUGGGAAGAAUAAGAAGAUCAGAAAAAGAAAGAAGUCUAAUCAACUAAAAGACUUAUCUGAUAACUAUUUGGAGUCUUUCCAGUUUGCUGAACAAGUUCCAGAUCUACCCAUAUUGCCAUAUUUAAAGGGAUCUGGAGUCACAAGAAAAAGAGUUGAGCUUCAGAUAAGUCCCAACCACACCAGUUAA